AUGGAUCCAACUUUCCCACGGGUGGUCUUCUUCAGCAAUGAGUUCCCCAGCGAUGACUUGAAAGACCUCUUCCGCCGGCUACAUCAACAAAGCAAAGACAGGCGAUUCAAGCUGCUGUCCAUAUUCUUGGAGGAGUCGACAGCGAUAUUGAAAGAUGAGGUAGCGAAACUCCCUCGGCCGCUCAAGGAGUUGGUGCCGCCCUUUGACUCUGUCCUGGCUCUCGCCAAUGUCGACUUUCGCCAGGGGCCCCUGGGUGCUGCCAUGGAGAGCUCUAUGCUGACUAUCCUAGAAUUGGGCAUGUUCAUUGGCCAUUAUGAAGCCGAGGAUGCGGAAUGGGACCUGGUUCCAUCGCGAACUGUCCUCGCCGGUCUCAGUAUCGGUAUCUUAGCUGCUGCUGCUGUUGCUUUAUCUAGCAGCUUAGCAGAUGUCGCCAAAAAUGGAGCAGAAGGCGUGCGUGUUUCCUUCCGGCUAGGAGUAUACGUCGCCGAUAUCUCAACAAAGCUCGAAUCACCGCAGCCAGAUGGCACUCUAAGCAGCUGGGCUCACGUCGUCACAGAGACGACACAGGCGGGCGUCCAGGAUGAGCUCGAUCAGUUCAAUGCGGACACGCAAAGCCCUGAACUGACCAAGGUCUUCGUCAGUGCUGCAGACAAGACAUCCGUCAGUGUGAGCGGACCGCCAUCCCGCAUCAAGGCGGCCUUCCAGCACUCUCCUGCCUUGCGCUACUCCAAGUCGCUCCCACUGCCUGUGUAUGAUGGUCUCUGCCAUGCAUCGCAUCUAUACACACAGAAUGAUAUAGAUGCCGUCAUCAAUAGCGCUGAGAGUGUCAUCCAGCCCAACCGUUCUGUACGAUUAGCCUUACUCUCCUCUCAAACCGGCAAACCGUUCGCCGCUAGGACAGCCAGGGAGCUCUUCCUUGAAAUUGGUACUGAGCUACUGACUGGCACUAUUUAUCUCGACAAUGUCACUGCGGGCAUUGUUGAGCAUUUCCAGCUAGAUUCAGAAACGUCGGGGAAAUGCCAGAUUGACUCCUUCCGUACCUCACUCGUCCUUCGGGGCAUUUACUCCACCGUUGAGGCCAAAUUUACCAAAGAGCAGCAGCAACUCAUCCGUCGCGACCUGGUAUGCUGGGUUCAUAAAGACUUUGGUCCCCGUCGGCCUCACUCGCACGCCUCUUCGAAACUUGCUAUUGUGGGCAUGGCAUGUCGACUGCCUGGUGGUGCUAAUGAUCUCGACCUCUUUUGGAAAUUGCUGGAAGAAGGCCGAGAUACUCACACUACGGUGCCCCCAGAUCGAUUUGACCUAAACACCCAUUAUGAUCCCACUGGAAAAACAGAAAAUGCAACCCAGACUCCAUUUGGCAACUUUAUUGACCGCCCAGGCUAUUUUGAUGCAGGUUUCUUUAACAUGUCUCCAAGAGAGGCCGAGCAAACAGACCCAAUGCAGAGACUUGCUCUGGUCACAGCUUACGAAGCUAUGGAAAUGGCUGGUGUUGUUCCUGGUCGUACCCCUUCAACACACCCUAGCCGCAUCGGCACAUUCUACGGCCAGGCUAGUGAUGACUGGAGAGAACUAAAUGCGUCACAGAAUAUCAGCACAUAUGCGGUUCCCGGUGGCGAGCGUGCCUUUGCCAAUGGUCGUAUUAAUUACUUCUUCAAGUUCUCUGGCCCGUCAUUCAAUCUUGAUACAGCCUGCUCUAGUGGGCUUGCCGCCGUGCAGGCCGCCUGCUCGGCGCUGUGGGCCGGCGAGGCUGAUACCGUCAUCGCUGGCGGCCUUAAUGUGAUAACUGAUCCAGACAACUACUGUGGCCUCGGGAAUGCCCACUUUCUCUCCAAGACGGGACAGUGCAAGGUCUGGGACAAGGAUGCAGACGGGUACUGUCGUGCUGACGGUAUUGGGUCCGUUGUCAUCAAACGAUUGGAGGAUGCGGAAGCUGACAAUGAUAAUAUCCUGGCUGUGGUCCUCGGUGCUCGCACAAAUCAUUCAGCAGAAGCUAUCUCGAUUACUCACCCGCACGCUGGGGCGCAAAGGGCCAACUACCGACAAGUGCUACACCAAGCUGGCGUUAACCCGGUUGAUGUUAGCUAUAUCGAGCUCCACGGUACGGGAACUCAGGCUGGAGACGCAGUCGAGUCUGAGUCCGUAUCUGAUGUCUUCGCACCAGUAACGCCCCGUCGCCGACCUGAUCAGCGCCUCUAUCUAGGGGCAGUGAAAAGUAACAUCGGACAUGGUGAAGCUGCAGCAGGUAUCGCAUCGCUUCUCAAGGCCUUGCUUGUGUACCAGAAAAAUAUGAUUCCCAUGCACAUCGGUAUCAAGAGUGAGAUCAACCCAACCAUCCCUAAGGACCUCGAGCGGCGAAAUGUUGGGCUUGCCAUGGAGAACACGCCAUGGCCACGUCCUGCAGGCAAGAAGCGCCUUGCUGUGGUCAACUCAUUUGGGGCACACGGGGGAAACACUACCUUGUUGCUGGAAGACGCACCGGAGCGAGUGAAGGCCCAGAGCACAGAAGACCGCAUCACUCAUCCAGUGCUCAUAUCUGCAAAGAGCAAGAAAUCUCUGCAGGCUAACAUGGAGAGUCUCUUGUCGUACUUGGAUCAACAUCCGGAGACGAGCCUGGCGGACCUGGCCUACACAACAUCUUCCCGUCGGAUGCACCACAGCAUGCGUUUUGGCACUGCCGUUUCCUGCAUUCCAGCGCUUCAGAAAGCAUUACGAUCCCAGCUUUGUAACCCUAAUUUCGCUUCCGAAAUGCGCCCGAUCCCGAACGAGGCUCCCUCAGUGGUGCUCGCCUUUACUGGCCAAGGUGCCUAUUAUAGUGGCAUGGGAAGGGAGCUCUUCAUUGAGUUUCCUUACUUCCGUGCGCAAGUGCAGCAGCUCGAUCGACUGGCGCAGCGACUCGGUUUCCCAUCUGUCGUGCCCGUAAUUGAUGGCAGCAUCGAGGAUAGUCCAGCGUCGCCAAUCUUAACGCAACUUAGUGUUGUGAUACUUGAAAUCGCCCUAGCACGGUUCUGGUCCUUGCUAGGCGUGAGCAUUAGCGCUGUCAUCGGACAUAGUCUGGGUGAAUACGCUGCGCUUGCGGUUGCUGGCGUUAUCUCGGCUGCCGACGCCCUCUACCUCGUUGGUCGGCGUGCGCAGCUGGUUGAGGAACGAUGCACCCCGGGUAGCCACUCGAUGCUCUCAGUUCGAGCAUCAGAAGAUGCUAUCCAGGAGAUGCUUGCCAGCGAGCCUGAGACGGCUGCCAUUGCAUACGAAGUUUCAUGCUGCAAUACUUACCAGGAUACUGUGAUUGGCGGUCUUAAGGACGAGAUCAACAACAUCCGCAUGGCUCUUGAGGCAAAGAGCAUCAAAUGCACGCUCCUAGAUGUCCCAUAUGCGUUCCAUACAGCACAGAUGGACUCUAUCCUGGAUGGUCUAGAGGCUCUGGCAAUGCCGGUCCCAUUCAAAGCCCCAAGCAUUCCAGUGCUGUCACCUUUACUGGCCACUGCCGUCUUCGACGUGAAGUCCUUCAACGCAAACUACUUACGCCGUGCCACGAGGGAAACCGUUGAUUUUGCGGCAGCUAUUGAAGCGGCCCAGGAUAUGGGCCUAGUAGACACCAAGACCAUCUGGGUCGAUGUUGGGCCGCACCCAAUAUGUGCAGGGCUUGUGCGUGGUAUGAUCCCUUCAGCGUCCGUUGUCUCUUCCUGCCGGCGUAACGAAGACAGCAUAGCAACCAUAUCCAAGAGCCUUGUGACCCUCCAUCUCGCGGGCCUGACGCCUUUCUGGGCGGAAUUCUUCAGGCCGCGCGAGUGUGAGUACUCGUUGUUGCAUCUGCCAAAGUACCGGUGGAAUGAAACAGACUACUGGAUUCCGUACAUUGGGACGUGGACUUUGGACAAGGCUCACCUCAAGCAUGGGACCAAGCCAACACCAUUUUCUCUUUCCAUGUCGCGACCAUCGGCGCUGCGAACGUCCUUGGUACACCAGAUCACUGCAGAAACAGUUGAGGCCACCACCGCCACGCUCCACACGAUAUCCGAUAUGCAGCAUCCCGACUUUCUUGAAGCCAUACAUGGACAUACAAUGAACAAAUGUGGAGUUGCUACAUCUUCUAUUUGGUCUGACAUGGCUUUCACUGUGGGUGAAUAUCUCUAUCGUCGAUUGGUGCCCAAUGUCAAGGACGUCCAUAUGAACCUUGCGGACGUCGAGGUUUUGCAUGCGCAAGUCGCCGGCAAGACCAAGGGAAGCGUUCAGCCAUUGGUGCUGCAGGCGCACCUCGAUCUAUCUACCAACUCCAUGUCUCUCGCAUGGUUCAAUGCUGACGGGGAGACCGGUGAGUGUGCAGCUGAAUCUUUCGCCACAGCAACGGUUCGCUUCGAGGACCCAGUUGCCUGGAAGAAGGAGUGGGCCAGGCUGACGCAUCUGGUCCGAGGACGCAUCGAAGCAUUGGAACAACGAGCUGCUGAAGGCAAAGCCAGCCGACUCUCCAAGCCCCUGGCUUAUGCUCUUUUCAAGAACGUAGUCGAUUAUGCCGAUCGAUACCGUGGCAUGGACUCGGUUGUGUUGGAUGAGCUCGAGGCUAUGGCCGAAGUGACACUCGUCCCAGAACGCCAUGGCACUUGGCAUACGCCGCCGCAUUGGAUCGAUAGCGUCUCUCACCUGGCAGGUCUAGUUAUGAACGGUAGCGAUGCAUCCAAUACCCGGGACUAUUUCUUCGUUACGCCGGGAUGCGACAGCUUCCGCCUGCUGAACAAGCUGGAGCCCGGGGUUCGAUAUCGCAGUUAUGUGCGCAUGUUCCCUCUGCCAGAGGACCCGAACAUGCAUGGCGGUGACGUUUACAUUCUCCAGGGAGAAGAGAUCGUUGGUAUGGUGGGCAUGAUUCGCUUCCGUCGCGUUCCCCGGCUGCUAAUGGAUCGAUUCUUCUCGCCUCCCACUACAACCUCAGUUGCUGGACCUGCUCCGCCUGUUGCAGCUGCAACCGCCAAAGGCCACAAUGUCAUCCCGACCACGCCUGCGGUCCCAACCCCCGCGCCAGCAAUUGCUACCUCAAACCCCAUUGUAAACAGUGCCAUAGCCUACAAGACCCCAGAGUCUACGCCACCACUGGCACCAUCCUCUGAGAGCUCAACCCCCAAGGAGUCUCCUAUUGCGACGCCGCCUGAAUCGGAGAGGGCCGACCCCAUGGACAACAUGGUAUCGCAGUGUUUACGACUGAUGGCACGCGAGACAGGACUGGAGGUGGAAGCGCUGACUGGAGACGCCAGCUUUGUGCAGCUGGGUGUCGACUCACUAAUGUCCCUUGUACUGUCGGAAAAAUUCCGUGCUGAGUUAGGGGUGGAGAUUAAGAGCUCGCUCUUCCUGGAGUGCCCAACGAUUGGAGAGAUGACAGCUUGGAUAGAGGAAUAUUGUUAA